AUGGCAGACAAACGUGUAAUUUCUCCUGCCAAGUCGGACUACGUAGAUGUAGCUGACGACAGCGACUCACUAGAGGGUAUGGCCCAGGCCAAGAACCGCAGCCGACUCAUAGCAGCCACCACCCGUCAACCUCCCAUCAAUUCUCCAAGUGGUGGUGUGACCACUCAACAUGCAGACAACUCAACGAUUAAUGGUUAUGAAUCAUGUCAAUCUAUAUGUGCUGACAGGAGUAAAGAAUGCUUCUCUGAUGACUCGACGGAAAGGAUGACCUUAGCACAUGAGGUUUCGGCCUCAGGAGGGUUGAGGGUCCUGGAAGAAGAGUCAGAAGGUCUCGUUCGAUCUCCUACAGCUGAAGAAAAGAGUCAAACUCACACUAGUCAACUCUCAGACGACUCACAUGAUUCAACAAUCACCAAGAACAAUACAUACAACUCAGAGAUUCAUGGACGAUUCUCUUCAGCACUUAGAGCAGCAGAAGAGACAUGUAUUAAUGAGUCUUCAGAUCAAUCAGACAGCUCAGCAGUCUUACUCGCCACAGCCAAUGCAGUAUUACUCUCAGACUACUCUCAGCUUCCAGUAAGACUCCUGAUAGACUCAGGGUCUGAGCUGACGUUCAUCUCAUCAAGUGUGAUAAAGACUUGUCAUCUCCAACGUCGUCCAUCAGUAAUAUCAGUGCUGGGAAUUGGUAACGAACCAGCUGUACAAACUAGAGGAGUGACAACAGUGACACUUAGAUCAACUCACACACAGGAGCAAGUUACAAUCAAUGCUCAUAUCCUCAAAUGUGUCACUGGUACUUUACCAACCAGACAACUCAAGGAACUCAACUGGUCAGCUCUCAACUCUCUGCAACUUGCUGAUCCAGACUACUCAACUCCAAGACCCAUUGACAUUUUAAUAGGAGCAGAUUGUUAUGGACUAAUUGUGAAGGCAGGCAUAAAACAAUUUCCUGAGUCAUCGCUAAUAGCCCAAGAUUCAAUUUUUGGAUGGAUGCUCAUUGGAAGUCCACACCCGACACGAUGCUCAAGUCAGAGAACUCAUCACGCAGCAAGGGUCAACUCAUACCAGCAAGUAUCUGAUCUCUUGACAAAAUUCUGGGUUCAAGAAGAAGUUCCAGAGACCUUAGCCAGCCAACUCAGCCCAGAUGAUCAAUCUUGUGAAGAUCAUUAUGUUACGACUCAUUCAAGAGAUCAAGAUGGGAGAUAUAUUGUGAGAAUACCACUCAAAGCAUCACCAUCUCUUCUAGGCAACUCAUCAGCGAGAGCUCAUCAGUGUUUACUACACAUGAUCAGACGACUCACCAAGAAUGACUCAUAUGCACAACUCUAUCACAACUUUAUGCAAGAAUACGAGUCACUGAACCACAUGACACGAGCCAAGGCAAGUCCAGUCAACUCUCCAGUGUAUUAUUUGCCUCAUCAUGGUGUCUUAAGAGAAGACAGUGUUACUACGAAGCUUAGGGUAGUAUUUAAUGGCUCUAGUCCAUCUUCUAGUGGUCUAUCAGUGAACGAUAUUCAACAUACUGGUGCCAAAGUCCAGAAAGACAUUGCAGACGUACUCAUUUGGAUCAGGCAGCAUAAAUUUGUGUUCACAUCAGACAUCACCAAGAUGUACAGACAAAUCAAAGUCCACCAAGAUGAUUGGGAUCUCCAGAGAAUCCUGUGGGUGGACGAGCACUCCAAGAUCAUCCCAUAUCAACUCACAACAGUCACGUAUGGUACCAGAUCAGCUCCAUUUCUGGCUGUUCGCACAAUGAUCCAGCUAGUGAAGGAUGAGGGUCAUAAGUUCCCUCUAGCUGUUGAUCCACUACUAAAAGGAAGAUAUGUGGACGAUAUUUUUGGAGGUGCUGACACCGUGAGUCAAUUGAUAGACAUCUCAACCCAAGUCAGACAACUCUGCAUGGCAGGUGGCUUCCCGUUAGCGAAAUGGCACAGCAACUCACUUCAAUUCCUUCAAUCACUUACAGACAACUCAUCAGAAGAGCAGAUCCACUCAUUUGAGAGCAGCAAAACGAAAUUACUUGGGCUCUCGUGGAUUCCAGCGAACGACUCAUUUAAGUUCAACUCAAAUCUCCUCGUGAGAAGUCCAAGCUCACACAGAGAAUAA